CAAAUGCGUAACGGCGUAGCCAAUAGGAGAUAUGUGCGAUCGAGUUUGGUCAGUUACACACCCACAUUACUUUCUGUCAACCACUACUUAGCGGGAGUUGUAGCUGUGAAACCAAGCGUCCAUACAGCGGAGACAACCGGCGUUGGAUUAAUUAGGGCAACCAUGUCUGACAGAAAAGCAGUCAUCAAAAAUGCGGACAUGUCGGAGGAGAUGCAGCAGGACGCAGUGGAGUGCGCCACGCAGGCACUGGAGAAGUACAACAUCGAGAAAGACAUCGCUGCAUACAUCAAGAAGGAGUUUGACAAGAAGUACAACCCCACCUGGCAUUGCAUCGUAGGGAGGAACUUUGGCAGCUAUGUGACCCAUGAGACCAAGCAUUUCAUCUACUUCUACUUGGGCCAGGUGGCCAUCCUGCUUUUCAAAUCUGGCUAAGCGGCCAGUGGCCCCAGCCCCUUCAACACCAACUGACCAUUAAAUACUGACUCGACAGAAAGGCUAUCACCCUGGUCAAUGGGGACUGCCUUUUUCUGUGCUGCUUUGUUUAAGAAAAAAAAAUACAUGGCCAUGUGAGAUUAAACACUUGUAUUUAUUUUUGUUUUCUACUACAGUAGAUUUGAUGUCACCGGUUUUUAUUUUUAUUAAAGCGAUAUUGUUUGGCUCUGUU